UUUGAGCAUGAACAACUUUUCUUUUGCAUCCAUCCCUGAGUUCAUUGGUUCUCUAAUGCACUUGGAGUACCUUAACCUCUCCAAGGCUUGGUUCAGCGGACCCAUUCCUCGCCAGAUUGGAAAUCUCUCGGGCCUGCGCUAUCUAGAUCUUCAGGGUGGGUACCCUUUCCUCGACAAAUGGAGUGCGUACCCUCAAUAUUAUCCAAUAGCUCUACGUGUUAAUGACCUUCAAUGGCUCUCCGGAAUCCUCUCUCUGCAAUACCUGGACUUGAGUUUUGCUCACCUCUCCAUGGCAUCAAAUUGGCUUCAUGAAAUCAAUAUGCACCCUUCUCUGUUAAUCUUGAAAUUGCGUAAUACUGGACUUCCUGGUAUUCCUUCUGCUCUACAGCAUGUAAACUUCACUUCUCUCGCCGUGCUCGAUCUCUCUUACAAUGCUAUUUCUGCCGUCCCCCAUUGGCUACUUAAUAUUAGUAGCCUUGUUCAACUUGAUCUCGAAGGUUGUUUAUUUCAUGGGAGGUUAUCAAUUGUAGCAGAUAUGUUGGAGAAUCUCAACCAUCUAAAGCAUUUGGAUCUCUGUCGGAACCAAAUUGCUGGAGGCAUUUCACAAUCUUUGUGGAAUAAUGAGCACCUGGAGUAUUUAGAUUUAUCUGAAAACCAAAUUACUGGGAAUGCUGCAAAAAUGUUUGGGAAUCUUAGCCAACUGACGUUCUUGGCAUUGGUUGGCAAUCAAAUUAGCGGUGAAAUUUCAGAAAGCAUGGGAAAUCUUAGCCAUCUAGAGGCUUUAUAUUUGUCUGAAAAUAGAAUUAGCGGAGAAAUCCCAAAAGGCAUGGGGAACAUCCUCAACUUGGAGGAAUUGGAUUUGUCCUAUAACCAGAUCAAAGGAUGUAUACCAGAAGAAAUAUUGGAGACUUCUAGACAACUGAGGCGCUUAUAUUUGGGAGGCAAUCAAAUUAGCGGAGAAAUACCAAAAAGCAUGUGGAACCUCCUUAACUUGCAGCUAUUGGAUUUGUCCUCUAAUCAUAUCAGGGGAUGGAUACCGGAAACUAUUGGAAACUUGGUUCACUUGCAGCUAUUAAAUUUGUCAUUUAAUAAUAUUACCGGGCAAAUACCAGAAAGUUUGGGCAAGUUAUCUGAACUCGAAACGUUGGAUUUGUCUUCCAACUCCUUCACAGGAUACUUGACUGAAGUGCACUUUUCCAACCUCACAAGAUUAGAUUUUUUGGAUCUAUCUUACAACUCCUUGGACAUAAUCUCGAGUGACAGUUGGAUUCCGUGUUUCAAUGCUUUGUCUAUUUAUAUGAGCUCUUGCCAUGUGGGACCUAAAUUUCCGGCCUGGCUUCAAACCCAGACAAAUUUGUUUAUGUUGCGCCUAAAUGAAGCUGGAAUUUCAGACAAGAUUCCAUCAUGGUUCUGGAAGAUGGAUAUAUAUUACCUCAAUUUAUCGCAUAAUUGUAUGGAAGGACAGCUACCAAGUUCUCUAGGGAGCCAUCUUUAUGCAUAUCUUGACCUGAGCUCCAAUUGCUUUUCUGGUCCGAUACCAAAUCUGAAGGCUCAGUACAUGAUUCUCUCCAAUAAUUCUUUUUCUGGACCCAUUUCCUUGAGCUUUUUGAAAAGCCCUAUAGUACUCUCUUUAUCCCACAACCAUUUAAAUGGAAGUAUCCCGCAGUUGCGUUUUAAUCAGACUUACUUGAGGGUCCUUGACCUCUCCAAUAAUGAGUUAUCUGGAGGAUUUCCGGAUAGCUGGAUUUGCAAUUGGACUUUUUUAGAGGUUCUUGACCUCUCCAAUAAUGAGUUAUCUGGAGGAUUUCCAGACUGCUGGAGUCCACCACAUCUAAGAAUCCUUGAUGUUCCAAAAAAUAGAAAAGUAGAAGAUACUUCCAGCAUAUUGGCAUAUCCUAUUGAACUCCAAUCUUUGCACAUGAGAAAUAAUCGAUUAUCUGGUAAAUUUCCUUCCUUCUUGAGACUCUGUAAAAAACUGGUUGUUCUUGAUCUUGGUGAAAAUAGAUUCUCGGGCAACAUUCCCACAUGGAUUGGAGAAAGCCUCUCAUCUCUAAGAGUACUUCGUCUAAGAUCGAAUUCUUUUAAUGGUAAUAUUCCAAUGCAAAUAUCGGGUUUGUCUUCUCUUCAGGUUUUGGACUUAGCAUGCAACAAUUUUUCAGGAAAUCUGCCAUCAUCCUUUGGAAAUUUUUCUAGAAUGGCUGAGAUACAAGAAAGAAGCCGACCGAUGCUAGGUAUGAUCACGCUGUCAUUUUACCAUGAGAGUCUAUUGAUAAUUACAAAAGGAUUGGAACUUGAGUACACUAGCGUGCUUUUACUGGUUACAAGCAUUGACCUAUCACAUAAUAAUAUUUCUGGAGAGAUCCCAAAUGAAAUGACAAAUCUUCAUGGAUUGCAUUUCUUGAACUUUUCUGGGAAUCAUUUCAUUGGAAAAAUUCCAAAAAAUAUUUGUGACAUGAGGCAGUUGGAAUCACUCGAUUUAUCAAUGAAUUAUCUUUCUGGCCAAAUUCCCCAAACCAUGCUUGCUUUGAAUUACUUAAGCAAUUUAAACUUGUCAUAUAACAACUUGUCGGGAAGAAUUCCAUUUGGGAACCAAUUUCUGACCUUCAAUGAUCCCUCCAUCUAUAUCGGCAAUCAUUAUCUUUGUGGACAGCCCCUGCCAGAAUGCCCUAUUAAUGCAUCUGCACAUAAAGAAGAGGAAGAAGUAGAUGAAGAUGACUAUGAGACAAUAUGGAUUUAUGGCAGCUCGGCAUUGGGAUUUAUCAUUGGAUUUUGGGGUUUUGUUGGCAUGAUGCUAGUCAAAAAGGAUACCAGGAUUGCUUAUCUUCGAUUCCUUGACAGAAUAUGUGAUUAUGUUUAUACAGAAUCAGCAAAAAAAUUUGCCAAGUUGAAGCUUGUAUGAGGAAGAGCAGCCACAAGCAUGGCUAAGCAGUUGUAGAUGGUGCUGCGAUUGUAGUACGAUCUCUCUUUAUAUAUCUGAAUGAUGGUGGGCACACCUUCAAUCUAAAUAUGUAUGGAUCAAAACUUAAGAGCUUUUUGAAUUAUUAUUCCUUUAGUUGUUUUGCUGCUUGUAUAUUGUUCGCUAUCUAUAUUUACUUCCAUUUUGCUUAUAAAUAAAAUAAUAUCUAA